GAUGGCAGCCGUGGCUGGAGCAGCAAUAUUCAGCUGCCUGAAAGGCCCUUGGGGGUCUUUAAGGACCCUGGGGCGUCCCCUGCAUCACUCCGUCUCCUGCUUGUCUUCCUCUUCUGUUUGGGCAGAUGACCUGCUUCGUCGAAUGGACCAGCGCGACACCUGGGACCGCUUCUAUGCCGCGAAGGAGGAAGGCGCAGCGAGCCCCAGCCAUUUUGACUGGUUCUUUGGCUACAGAGACAUCUCGGGAUUUCUACUCUCUGUCCUUCAGGGCCUGCCGUCUGGCCAGGCCUGGAUCCUAGAUGUGGGUUGUGGCACGUCUGCUUUGGGUUUGGGGCUGUAUCGAGACUCACCCCGACAGCUCCACGUCACUUGCUUGGACUUCUCGCCUCCGGCCAUCGAAACGCUGCGCCAGCUCCUCCGGGACAGCCCCCCGCCAUCACACCCGCUCUCCGAACUGCACUGCUGCUUGGCCGACGCGACUGAUCUGGCGGGCAGCUUCGCCCCGAAGUCUUUCCACUUGGUCCUUGACAAAGGGACCUGCGAUGCCAUGCUGCGGUGCCCCCAAGGCCCAGGAAAAGCCAGGAGGUUGGUGGCUGAAUGCCUGCGGGUGCUGAAACCCCAGGGCAGCCUGCUCCAGUUCUCAGACGAGGACCCUGACGCCAGGGUGCCGCUUUUAGAGCAGGCCGGGGGCGUCCCCGUCACUGUAAAGGAGAUCGGGCAAUUUAACGGCAUCAGCUACUAUGCCUACGUUCUUGGAGCCCCGGACUCCUCUGCAAUUUGCAGGACAGGCGAGUAGAAGGGAAACGCGAAACUUUACCCCGACCUGGUCCCCUCCAGAUGUGUCAGACUUCAGCUCCCAUCUUUCCCAGCCAGUAUGGCCGUUUCGUAGAUUGGUGACGAAAUGAGAGAUGAGGUCCGAAACGGUCUGUCAUUUAGAAAGGGAGACAUGGAUUGCGAUCUUGGAAAUCCAGGUUCAGAUUCCAGCAUUGCCGUUCCUCUUUGAUCUCAAAGUCUGGAAAAUGGUCUAUAAAUCAGGAUUCAGACGCAGCAGGGGGUCUUGUCCUCUGUGGGUCCUUAAAAACUGGCUCCCAGCCCUGGCCUUAAGCCUGCUCCCCAACUACUGGAAACACCAUUCAACAACUCUUCAGGCUUUGGAGAUUACCCCAUAGGUUGGCCAUGUGUUUUUUGAGUAUAUAUUCACAGCCUUAAGGACUAGAAGCUUGUUUUGAUUUGAUUUUUUUUAAUGAAAGGAUGAGAUGCACAUGCUGCUGGAUUCUGCACCCAGUUCGUACCCUCCACAGAAUCACACCCAUGUGCAUGGACCUGAGCAUGGACAAGCCGUCAGACUGAGUAGGACCCACCCCUGCUGAGCAGCAAAAUGCUACCCCAUCGAAACAGCGAUUUCUCACCAGAAUAAUCACAUCAGGCAUAUAGCAGAAGCUGUUUAUUCCUGAGUUUUUAGAUGAGGGUUUGUGAAUAAUGUUGAGCCAACAGACUCCUAAAAAACAGACUCAUCUUAACAUUAUUCUUUCCCAAGUAUAAUACACAGAAGAACAAAAAUUGCCCUGCUCAAUUAGAAAAGGAAAGGAACCUCUCGUGCAAGCACUGAGUCAUUACUGACUCUUGGAGGGACGCCAGCUCAAUUAGAACAAAACUCAAUUUAAUCCCAGCAUACUGUUUCCAACACAGGACAGCAGGAAACCACCACCAAGGCAAGAAUCUUCCUCAUGUCUAUGCCCAGCAUCUGGUACUCACAGUUAUCCUUCUGAAUCCAAAGAUUCCAUUUUAGCUAUUCUGGCUAAUUUCCACACAUAUAUUUUAAACACAAGAAUCACCUCCGGCCUGUUGACCUUCAAAGGAAUUCCUCUAUAGAAGGUAAAAUAUAAUAACAAUGUUCAAUCAAGUAAUCAUUUAGAGUAGGGGGUGGGGAAACAUCCGCUCCCAUCAUCCCUGACUAUGUUGACUGAGGCUGAUGGCGGGGGUGUUGGGGUUGAGAGUCCAACCAUAGCUGGAGGACCACCAGUUCCCGUGUUUACUUUGUACAGCACCCAUCAAUAUACGUGGAAUGUUUGGAAGAUGGGGAUGGGGGAGGGUAGGUGUCUGCCCCAAGGAUCUUACAAUCAGAAUUUUGACAGGCAAGAUCACAGGUGGAGGGAAGGCAGGUCUGGAGGCCUCGACAGCAACAGCAGUGGGUACAACAGAAAAAAGGAGCUAGUUCAGAAUGAGAUGCAUUUAUUAAAAAAUAAAACCAACAGUAGCCGUGUUGAUGGGGAAAAACCUUCCAAAAUCCACAUUUUGUCUAAUACCUUUAUUAGGUUAAUGA